GGUCACAAGCCUAUCUUCUCGUCUCACGAAGUAGCUGCUUAGGGGCCGGCGGGACGCGCCGUGGUCUGUGCUGGUAUAUAACGGCCCGUCGGUGAGCGCAGGACGACACAACAUCCACUCUCCACCACUACAGCCAACUGGUCUCUGCACGGUCGCCCGGUCAUGUCUGUACAAUCGAAACACUUUCUGAACGCCCCCGAGAACCUCGUCGUAGAGUCGCUGCAGGGCCUCUGCGCCCUCAACCCGCAGAUCGCACUCGACGUCGCGGAUAAAGUGGUGUAUGUGGCGAAGCAGGACCGCUCGAAGGUCGCGCUGAUCUGCGGAGGCGGGUCGGGGCACGAGCCUGCCCACGCAGGCUAUGUCGGCGACGGGAUGCUGACCGCUGCCGCGUGCGGUACCGUCUUCGCCUCACCCAACACAAGCCAGGUCCGCAGGGCCAUCGACCUCGUCGAGAACGAGCAGGGAACCGUCAUCAUUGUCAAGAACUACACCGGCGAUAUCCUCAACUUCGGUCUCGCCAAGGAACAGUACGCCGCGCAGCACCCAGAAAAGUCGGACAAGGUCAAGUUCGUGAUCGUCGGUGACGACGUCGCAGUAGGCAAGACCCAGGGCAAGAUCGUCGGCCGCAGAGGCCUCGCGGGCACCUGCCUCGUCUACAAGAUCGCCGGGGCCCUCGCAAAGCGCGGGGGGAGCCUCGACGAGGUGUACGCCAUCGCGGAGUACGUCGCCGCACACGUCGGGACGAUCGGCGUCGGGCUCGAGCACUGCCACGUCCCGGGCACGGCCGCGGGCGACUCGCACCUCGCGCCGUCCGAGAUCGAAAUCGGGAUGGGCAUCCACAACGAGCCGGGCAACCGCCGCCUCGCGCCGGUCCCGCCCCUCGCGGACCUCGUCCCCCAGCUCCUCGACCUCCUCACGAGCACGACCGACCCCGAGCGCAGCUUCGUGCCGUUCAAGGGGAAGGACCGCGUCGUGCUGUUGGUGAACAACCUGGGGGGGACGAGCGAGCUCGAGCUGCCCGGUGUGGUGAGGGAGACGAGGGCCGCGUUGGACAAGCAGGGCUUUGUGAUCGAGCGGGUGCUUGCGGGAACGUUCAUGACCAGUCUGAACAUGCCCGGCUUCUCCAUCACACUCUUGCUCCUCCCCGACGGCUCGGACUCGUCUGCACCAUCCGCGGAGUCGCUCCUCUCCCUGCUUGACGAAAAGCCCGACGUCCCAGGCUGGAAGUGGGCUUCCGCGGCGGCGCCCGCUCCGCCCGCCGAGCAGAUCAAGCAGACGGCGGGAACGCGCCCGGCAGGCGUCUCUCAGAGCACAAAGCUGCGCGUAGAGGAUGCGAAGGCGUUCGACGCGGCAGUGCGGAGGGCAUGCAAGGCGAUCAUAGAGGCGGAGCCGGAAAUCACCAGGAUGGACAGUAUCGCAGGUGACGGUGACUGCGGGCUGACACUGAAGGACGGUGCGAACGGCGUGCUCAAGGCCCUGGAGAGCGGCCAGAUCACGGGCGAGGACGUCGUCGGAUCUGUCAUCGCGGUAUCGAAGGUGGCAGAGGAGCAGAUGGGCGGAACGAGCGGAGCGCUCUACUCGAUAUUCUUCUCCGCGCUUGCGCAGGGCCUGCAGACGCACCACAGCGGCGCGAGCACGCUGAGCCCUGUUUUGUGGUCGGCCGCGCUCUCGUCCGCGCUGACGAAGCUCUACACGUAUACGCGCGCGCGGCCGCCGUCGCGCACGCUCGUGGACCCGCUGGACGCGUUCGUGAACGCGCUGGCGUCGUCGCGGGGCGCGGACCUGACGGGCGCGGUGGACAAGGCGGGGGCAGCGGCGCUGCAGACGCGGAAUCUGGAGGCGAAGGCGGGGCGGAGCGCGUAUGUCGAGGGCGACAGGCUGAAGAAGGAGCACAUCGCGGACCCGGGAGCGUGGGGUGUGAAGACCAUCCUCGAGGGCUUCGUCGCGAGUGCGUGAGCGCGUCGCGAUAGCGGCGAAGAGCGGGAUCGAGGCAUGGGCCAGUGGAGAAGCUCUGUGAUAUCGUGUAUUUCUAGGCGGCGCGCGGCGUUGUGUAAAAUAUGGGCGUGCCAAGUGUUUGGACAUACUUAUGUAGCGAAUGAAAUUUGUCGAAACAUAA